UUCUCCCCCUUUCGGAAAAAGAAAAAAAAAAACCUCACCUUCUCCUGAGAAAAAUCAAAAUCCCCAUCCCAUUUUGAGCGGAGAAGAGGCAGGGACCGAAGGCCGGCCGAAGCGCCGCGCGAUGGGCGGCCACCUGUACGCGCUCGACUUCGACGGCGUUAUCUGCGACAGCUGCGGCGAGAGCUCCCUCUCCGCCGUCAAGGCUGCCAAGGUCAGAUGGCCGUGGGUGUUUGAGCAGGUCGACGCUGCCAUGGAAGGGUGGAUUGUGGAGCAAAUGUACACCCUUCGACCGGUGGUGGAAACAGGAUAUGAGAAUCUGUUGCUUGUUAGGCUGCUUGUCGAGAUCCGAAUACCCUCUGCUCGACGAUCAUCGGUUUCAGAUGGGCUUAGCGUCCAAGAAAUAUUGGAGAACUGGUUGAAAUUGAAGCCCACCAUCAUGUCUGAAUGGAAUGAAGAUAGGGACUCUCUAGUUGACCUCUUUGGCCGCAUAAGGGAUGACUGGAUUGAAAACGAUUUGCCAGGCUGGAUAGGCGCUAACAGAUUUUAUCCCGGAACAGCUGAUGCAUUGAAAUUUUCAAGCUCGGAAGUGUACAUAGUUACUACAAAACAGGCCAAGUUGAAAAUGACAUCAAAUUGGUAUCAGCUUGUCAGCUAUGCCAAGAUAUCGAUGAAAGGAUUUUCAAAGCUUGUGAAUAACCGAGGAAGAUUUGCUGAAGCACUAUUGAAAGAAUUGGCUGGAAUAGAGAUUCCCUCCGAAAGGAUAUAUGGCCUUGGCACUGGUCCAAAGGUUAAAGUUCUCCAGCAACUCCAGCAAAUGCCACAGCAUCAAGGCUUGACACUUCAUUUUGUUGAGGACCGGCUUGCAACUUUGAAGAAUGUUAUCAAAGAGCCGGCACUGGACGGAUGGAACCUCUACCUUGUGAACUGGGGAUACAACACACCGAAAGAGAGGGAGGAAGCAGGCGGCAUCUCAAGAAUCGAGGUCAUUGAUCUCCCUGACUUCAGUAAAAAGCUGAAAUAGAUGGGAAUGACACAUAUUAUCCAAACUAUGUUCUGAAGAGUCCAGGUCAUUGAUCUCCCUGACUUCAGCAAAAAGCUCAAAUAGCUGGAAAUGGCGCAGAUUAUCCAAACUAUGUUUUCUUUUCUGGUGACUCCUUUUUGACAUGAUGUACUUGUGCUAACUUCGCCCUUUUUCCAUUCAAUACAUUAUUUACUACCAGGA